AUGGAGAACGAUCCAGCAUUGAAAUCUACAAUAGCAAUAACCAGCUAUGAUGGAAUUUUUAAAGGCAUGUAUGACAAAGAAAUUCAAAAUAUGUUCAUGGACAUUCGAAUAUGUCUUUCUAAAGGAAACUGGACACAAGCUCAAGACAUUUUAAAACAAGCAAUCAUGGGAUCAGAACGAAGCCCGGGAGAUAAGAAAACUCUGUUGACACUCAGCGAUGAGAUUGCUAGAUACUCGGCUCAGAGAAUCGAUCCGACGACCGUCAUGAAGGAAGAUGCAAGCUGGGACGAAGUUUAUCAGAGACCUAUCUCACGGAUAGACGUCAGUUUGUAUGGACUGCCCCAGGGCGUGUUCUACCUAAACAUCGAUGUCCCGGGAUCUCCGAACCCGAUCCGAAUAUUAGGUAGGAAGGUUCUUUCCGACUUCUGGAUGAAAAACAAGAUUCCGGAGUUAUACUGCAGCUUCAUCUCGGCUGACAUGCUCCUGGGAAUAUUCUGGGAUCAAAGAGUCACGGAGAACAAAGUGACGGUGCAUUACUACCCGUUUGAAAAAUCCGAAAAAUUGUACGCUAUGGAUCAAGUUAUGAAGAGUUCAUACGGUCUCCCGGAGUUGGUUUUUCCUUAUCCGUUGCUCAGGCAGACGACCCACCAAGAGCUGUGUUCCUCGCCAGAGGGCUGGGUGAUCGAUGACGCGUUUGACGUCAUGCUUGGUUGUGGUGAAGAAAGAAUAAGAGAAUACACAAUCAAAUUCAUAGGAUCUACAAAAACAAAGAACGCCAUUCUCUAUGAUCCAGCUUGUUCUACAGGGGUGUUCCUGUCCACGCUUAAAAACGCAUUUCCCGACGCUUACACAAUCGGUCAAGAUCUCAGCAAGCAAAUGGUGGACAUUUCCCGCCAGAGGGUCGAUGAGGUACAUUGUGGGAAUGCCAUGGAACCAAAAAUAAAACAAGGAACUGCUGAUUUCUGCUUCGUUCGUUUUCUGAACUCGGAGGUAGUGAAAUCGACUGAGGCCGAGGAACUGUUGGUUGCCUUGUUACCAACCGUAAAAAGGGGCGGAUACAUGAUAACCUUCGGCCACACCCCUGUACUCCUGUCGUCUGCUAACUAUAAAGCCAUUCCAGGCUUUAAGAUUAUUCAAUGCAUUGCAACAGCUGUAGAUAACUCUGGAAUUUUUCAGUAUUAUGUUUUGCAAAGGUUGUGA